AUGAAGUCUAUCUAUUGUAUCGCUGCGCUGGUCAGCGCUGCAUGGUGCUUGCCAAAAGCCCCGACACCUGCACUCGUUCACCUCGCGAAGCGCACCGAUCCCCCACUUCUUGUAUUCGAUCCAAGUGAUGAGGACGCCGUCACAAAGAGGGACGCUCUUCAAGCAGCAUUCAGCGACGUAUACCAGCUCGCCGCGACUGCUGUAAUCUUUGCAGAUACUAUGCGGGACAUCUAUAGGAAGUACUUCCCAGAAGACUGGAUUCCCGAAGUCAUCAAGGUAUACCAGCGCAUCAUCUCCGAUCAGGAUGUGACGGUUGGCGAUCCCGUCCUUAGUAGAUUCCUAAUCGCCAAUGUCGACCGGAACGCAGGGACAGACAACGACCUCUGCGCAGAGGGGGCAGACGGAUACACAGACAAUGAGGUGACAGAUACUGUGCCACCCUACGAAUACGCUCAAGCCUACUUCUGCGACAGGACAUUCAAUGAAGUCUUCGACGCCGACGAAAGCGGACCCGUACCACGGAUCACGGAUCUCACAUGCGAAAGCUUCAAGUUCGACGGCAGAUACAAGGUCACCGACGAAAUGGAUUUCAUUGGCUCGACAAUCUUCCACGAGAUAAUGCACUUCAACCUAGUCUCGUCGGCUGCUUUCUCCACGACACCAAUAACUGAACUAGGCCCCGGCAACGACUAUAUCUUCGAUCGGGAAGAUGGAUAUGGCCCGAAGUCCGUCCGAGAUCUUUUCGUAAACAAUCCUGAUCUGACGAGGACGAAUGCAGACUCCUACACAUGGGCUGCAAUGGAGGUCUUGUUUAGCGUUCUGUGCGCUGGGCCACUUAUCGAUCAGGGUGGACGUUUUGACCCUCCGACUGAAGAUUAG